AUGUCUACAUCCAUUGUGGAAGCAAAGUCUCUUUCCUCGCUCACAGCACUCGCUUCCAAUCCGCCCGCAUAUCCCAGAAAUCCGACCCACGUGAAGCAUGAACCGCUGACAUUGUAUAUUGCCCGCGUUCCUGGCAGUAAAGAUGUCUUCUUGUCGCCGAUGAAGCCGCGGGAAAAGGUAGUGACUGCCGAAGACAUCCAUAGUUCGCUCUAUUUUGUCCAUGUGGAGCAACCUGAGGAUGCUCGACUCUUGAUUCCUUUAGAUUAUCAGAACGCCGAGUACCCAGAGCAAACUCAAGCUUCUUCCCACACUCCAUCAGUGGCCCCAGGCAUCCAGCGCAAGGCCGUUCCAGGCGCUCCAAUCAAGGUUCCCCCACGCAAACCAAUCCCAGGCACCCUCGCACCUAUCCAUGAUGCCGAAAACAGACAGAACAUCAGUGCCGGCCAAUAUGAUCAGAGACACCGUUCAUUAGUCCCUGAGCACAAUCCACGCCGUUCCUUUGACUCCAACCAAUCCCGCCAGGAGAAUGAUGGACCGCGACCUUCACCGCGUAGAGCAUCGGAGAAUCCCGAAAGAAAUGGCACUACGCUCACUCUGAUCCGACGAGAUCCAGCAUCUGGCUCUCAGUGGAAUGUUGCCAGAAUUGAGGAUCCAAAUAUUUUCGACGUCUCAUCUUCCAGUGAUCCUGUCCUGAAGAAGAAGAUAGGGUCUCCCAUGUACAUCGAAAUAUUGAAUCCAGGCUACUCCAAGUUCCUUCAUUCCGACACUAGCAGCAGCAGCUCUGGCUUGAUAAAUAGUAACGGUGAUGUACCUGCUCGAUCGGCUCAGGAUUCGUUGUCAUUACCGCACAUUCGAACACCGCAACUGGAACCGCUUUCUCUGGCGAGUGAAAACAUCUUUCGUCGACGUUUGUGGAUGGAGGGCACGCAGCAUGGUAACGCUGCGUUUGGCCACCGCAAACAUACUUCUCAGGACUAUAAUACACCACAGCCUAGCUCGAGGGGUAGGCACGGAAGGCAAGGGGAAGGUGCUGCUGGCGUUCAGCGCCCGCAGCCUAUGCCAUCGUUCUUGCAACGUCAGGAUCAGACAUACAACACCAUACAAGUCUCCGAAAGGCAAACGAGCUUCCGUGGUUAUGUAUUCAACAGUCCCUGGAACGGUCGAUGUGAGUUCAUCACUGGGCUGGUCGGGGGUUCACUGAAGUGCCGACAUGUUAUUCCUGGCCUACAAGGAGCGCCCGCUGCAAUGACAGUAAGCGAGCUGAGAUUCAACUUGCCCAGCAGCUCCAAGGUCAUGUCCCCAAGGGCAGAAGAGUCUUCAAAACGUUCUUCAUUCUUCCUUCGUGGCACACGGCACAAUCGUAACAACUCCACCGAUAGCACGGAGGAUGUGCGCAAUUCUCGCGACCGUUUGGACUUAUCCCUCGGCCAGGAGUUUGCAGGGGGUGGAUUUGGAGGCAAACAGGCAAAGCUAGGCAAGAUCAUCCUAGAAGACGAAGGAUUGAAGAUGAUGGACUUAUUGAUGGCGGCCAAUAUAGGGUUAUGGUGGAGAGCAUACGAGAGGGCGAGUGCCGGCUUGAAAGGGGAUCGCGGAGGCUUCCAGAUGUGA